ACAUCCUUGUCUCCAGGGAACAUGACUGCAAAGGGGUGUUACCAAAGAAUUAUAUUAAAAAGCGGGUGUAACCCACCGCCAUAAGUGCAGUGCUCUUGGAAUCGAGUUCUGUCUGGUGUUGGUAGAAGAAAAUACAGCAGUUGCAGUUGUUUCAGUUCACGUUAACCUGCUUUUUUUGGGACUAAUUCAAGUUUUUGCUGUUGAGAGGCAUCCUUCUUGUCCCGUCACCAGGAGAGGCUUCGACAGCAGGAAGAAGAGGAGAAGCUGAGGAAGGAGACAGAGGAAGAGCGGCUGAAGACGGCCCAGAAAAAGACAACAGCAGUCUGCUGGCCUUACCGCAUCCUCACCAAGAUCCAAAAUGACAGCACCAUUGGCCUUUGCUCGGUCGGUGGAGGAGUAAAAAUGACACGGGGCCAGAGGAAGUACCUGAGGGACCAGUGGCUUAGUGAAGCGACCUCACCUUCCAUCUUUACACGUGACAGCAGUUGGACCAGUUCACUGCAGCACAACAAAGCGGACGAGGACACAGCAGCGGAAAAAAACAAAAGUCAAAAGACGCCUCAGGACAAGGAGGAAGAAGCAGCUGAUGCCAGAAAAGAGGAACAAGCUUCCCUAGAAGAAAACAAAGAGUCUGUCCACUGUGCAGCUACAGCCAGAACACACAACCCCUAUCAGGCUGCCACUGAGGAGGACGCGCGAGUGAACAAAGAGGCUGAGGAUUACUGCUCCAUUCAAAUGGAAAAAAGGAUGUUUCAUGAGAGUGGCCAAGAAGGCCGAUCAGUCCUGGGAAUGUUAGCAGUGCAGGUCGAAAGAGACCCCAAGACUGGUGCCACUGUCGUCAGAUCAGUGGCCCCCGUGUCCACACCGGCCGGCGCUGCGAGGGAUAACACGGUCUUCGACGAUGGCAGGAAGAGUAUUCACACUGUCGGUGGGUCAGGGGGUCAACCGUCAACCGAAGAGCUCGGGCAGAUCUUGAGCGUCAUUGAUGGGGUUGGGAUGGAGGCGCUGCUGGAUGAAGUCACAGUCAUGCCAAUCGAGGCCAACAAUGUAGAAGCCAGCGGGCCUCUGAAGGAAAAUCUGUCUCUUUCUACCCAUCAGGCCACGUCCAAUGGGAAAAAUAUUCUAUUAGACAGCUCCAGAAGAUACGACUUAGAGGCUGAGCUGAGCAUAGAGGACAAUGCUGUAAGUGUGGGGAAUGAGAAGGAUAAAAAAGACAACACAAGCAUUAUGGUAGUUAGAGACAUGGUGGUAGAUAACGUGGAGGUUCAAAGGUUGGAGGAAGGCCCAGUCACCCUUUUGUUCCUGGGAUACACUGAUGCCACACCUGACCCAGGUAGCGGCCAAGAGGGCGAUGAAGGCAUGAUCACAGUGGAACGAGUAAUUAUCACAGAAGAUGGAGAAGAAUACGUCGUAGGACCUGAAACAUCUGCCUCACCCCCAUCAACAUCUAACAAGGAGCCAGAGCAGGAGGCAGGGAAAGAGUCCCAGGAAGUAUUUCAGGACAUUCCCCUGGAUGGAGCAAGGGUCAAAGUCCAGGAUGAGGAAGGUGACAAGGGGCUGCAUAAAUCAUCUUCACCCAGUGUAGCAGCGGCAGAAGGCACAUCCCAGCACAAGACCUGCCAGUGCUGCUCUGUCAUGUGAGAAGAUGACUGAAGACAGAGACUAAGAGUUAAUCGUAACAUUUGUUGUGUUUUAUACCAUUGUGCCUUCGAUUACUGCUGCUUCGAUGACUGAUACGAGAGCGUGUACCCCCACCUGGCAUAGUCCUACAACGGUUUUGGCCCGGAGCACCGGACCACUUCACUUCGUCAUGGAAAACUGGGCAUUAUGUGGUUGUAAGCCUUUGCAGCAGCUCUGUGGUACUUGUAAAAUCCACUUCCUCCCCCUGGUGGACAAAGCUGAGAAUUUCAACAUGCACUCCUGCAGACACUGCAGAUACUUGUGGCCUCUCUUUUUCUGUCUUGGGACACUUCCUGGCGGAGCGGGGGAAGCAUAUUCAGCCGUUUUUGCCAAGAAUAUUUCUAAGACUAAUCAUGGUCUGAUUCAUGGCAAUUUAACAUUCAUUUUAUUAGUUACAUCUGUAACAUCCGUUGAUAAUUAGAUUUUUCCCCAUGACUACACAGGGCUGUGGCUGCCACUGGGUUGUAGUUGAAAUCCUUGAUUUAGUUCAACAUUUUGGGAAAUACCCUCAUCUGUUUUCUUACUUAGAGUGAGAUGGGAAGUUUACUAUCACUCUCUUGGUCUGUAUGGUUACCAGCAACUGGAUUUAGAAAAGAAAUACCAGGCAUUAAAGAUGCAAAAGGGAGUACUUUGUGACUACUUUGAUCAGAGCUGGCUUUUUUACAUAGCUUCAUACAGACAGGAAAGUGGUAUCAAUCCUCUCAAGUCCUUUCCAGACUGCUCAGGAGUUCAUGAGUUUCUAUUAACAUAUGACGACCGCAGCAGGGCAUAGCCCGAAUCGAAUGUGUUCACAACAGCAGUAAAAUUUCUGGAACAUUCAGGCAAGGAGGAGGCGACUGCCCACUCGCUCGCCGUGAAUCUUCCAGAGAAUUUACUACUGUAUUCUCACAUGGGCUCAUUUGGACAUUUUCCUGAAAUUUCAGCAUUUCUAUUGAUUCUGGGAGUGUAAACUAAUUUCCAGACUGUGGGCAUCUAUUUCCAAGUUAUUUUGGCUACUUCAAAUAAACACUUAAAAAAGA